AUGACGCCCGAGUUCGAGGCCAAGCUCAAGAAGGCCGUCGAGAAUGGCGACCUUCCCAACGCUGUCAUGCUUGCGCGUGACAAAUCUGGAAAGAUAGACUACAGCUUCUGCGUCGGCCAGACGUCCCUCGAGGAGGGCGCGCCGCCCAUCACCCCGACCACUCUCCUGACCAUGGCCUCCAUGACCAAGCUUCUCACGGCGCUCUGCCUCCUGAACCUCAUCCAGCAGGGCGUCUUGGAGCUCGACGAGCCCGUCACACAGUACCUCCCCACGCUCGAGGAGCAGCCCAUCCUGACGGGCUUCGACGAGGCCGGCAAGCCCACUUUCAAGCCCCGCACGCUGCCCAUCACGCUGCGCCACCUGCUCACGCACACGGCCGGCACGGGCUACCUGUUUCUGGACGAACGCCUGAUGCAGUGGGCCAAGGCGACGGGCUUUCCGCUGCCAAUCCCGCUGCGGCAUAGCCCCCUGUCGGGCGGCCGCUCGGUCGACUCGCGCUUCGGCUAUCCGCUGCUGUUUGAGCCCGGCGAGGGGUGGGUCUAUGGCAGCGGCCUAGACUGGGCGGGCCGGCUCAUCGAAAAAAUGACCGGCGCCUUCUUCGACGAUUUCUUACACGACAAUGUCUUGAGAAAGGUUGGUGUCCCCCACGGCGGCAUCACGUUCCACCCUGGCCGGUUCGGCACGCCGCCGGUUGAUGUGAUGGCGGGCAUGUCGAAGCGCGACAAGCAGACGGGCAAGGUGGUGGCUAUGCCCGAGGCGGAGUACGACAACGACAACGAGGCAUUUGGCGGCGAGGGGUGUUUUGGGGGGAUGGGCGAGUACAUGAAGGUGCUGUACUCGCUCCUGAUGGAUGAUGGCAAGAUCCUGGCCCCAGAGUACGCAAAGCUCCUGUUUGAGCCGCUGCUGCCUCCCAAGGAGAAGGAGGCGCUGCACAAGGCCCUCGAGGACCCCGAUUGGGCUGUGGGCCAUAUCCCCGAAGGGGUCGACUAUGAUUGGAGCGCGGGCGGCUUGUUGACCAACAGCGACAACCACGAGUACAGGAAGAAGGGGUUCGUGCAGUGGAGUGGCGCGUGGAACCUGUCUUGGUUCAUUGACCGGGAGGCGGGCGUGUGUGGUGUUUUUGGCACGCAGAUCAACCCCCCGGCAGAUCCGACGGCGCGGGCAUACAUGAAGGAGUUUGAGGAGCUCAUCUACGCGAAGAUUAAGACUUGA